ACAUUAUAAAAAGAAAUCCUCAGGAAAAAGUCAAAACAAAUAGAUGAGAAUAUUAUAAAAAAACAAAAACAAAAGUAUAAAUCAGUGGUCAUGGUGUGUUGAGUUAGUGCGUCCCCUCACAGUCUCAAUCUUCAUCCCAAACACGCAUUUUUAGACUUUUCAAUUGCAAGAAGGCAAGAAUGAUUAAACCUUCAGAAGGAACGCAAGAUGUCUCUAGUGGUGGAUGUAAAUCACUUAAUCUCAACCAUCUCCUCCUUGCUUCUCUUGGUGGUCUUGCCGCCGUUGCUGCUGCUGCUUUUUCCGGAGAAUCAUUCCUUCGCCGCAGGAGAACUCGUCAAGGUGUUUGUAUGGGGGAUAAAGACCAGAAAAUAGCCCCUUUGAUUGAGAGGAAAGAUUCAAGUCGACGAUCAAACCUCGAGAGAUUCUCUUACUAUGUUGCAUGUAUGCAAAAUGCAGCAAGGCAGCUAGGAAUUGAGGAUCCUGAUGAAUGCCCACAACUAUGCAAACUGGCAAAUGCAUAUUUAAUGAAAACGAAAGGAUAUAAUGAGAAUGUGUAUGAGUAUUUGGUCAAUGAAGCUGAUGCUGAUUCUCUCUACAUUCAUCUACUUGAAGAAUUUGAAAGAUGCAUUCUCACGUAUUUUGCUUUCAACUGGACUCAAUCUUCCAACCUCAUCUCUCAGAUUUUAAGCGACGAGUCGGAUCAGAAAAUACCAAAACUCAAGGAUUUCGUGAUGGCAGCAACAAGGUAAUUGGAUUAUGCCAUAUUCCAUAAUCUAUCUUAUUAAAACAGAAACAUUCUUUUGGACCUAACAUUUAUUUUGUAAGUUUUUAAAUUAAAUAUACUUUUAUACUUUAUAGUUAAACAUGCAUUAAAUCACUAAUAUUCUUUUCUUUAUACUACUAUCCAUAUUUCCAAACAGUAUACUUAUUUCUUUAUAAUACUAUCAAUAUUUCCAAACAAUAUACUUAUUUCUUUAUACUACUAUCAAUGUUUCCAAACAAUAUAUUU